GCAACAGUUCACCUCAAGUCUAGAAGAGAAUGGCAGUGAUCUUGCAGACAGCUUGGAAUUUUACCAGAAAAGGUUAAGUCGGAUCAUAAAUGAAGCCAACAAACCUAAAGGCCUGUACAUUUUCCAUGAUGGAAUGAUCAGCCAUGUUUGUGCUGUGAACCUCAGCGAUGGCACCAACGUCUUACAUCACAGCAUCCGCACGGCUGAUGCACCUCAUAUACUGUCUCUGUUUCUGGAUGUUGACCCCACACCCCUGAACAUGCAGGAUGAUCGGGGAGAGACAGUCCUACACCUGGCCUGUAGACUCAAGAGAAAGAAGUCUGUGGAGCUACUGCUGGCUCGGCCCGACCUUGACCUCAACAUCCGGACGUUUGAUGGUUGUCUGCCAGAAGAAGUCACAUCUUCUAAAGCCAUCCGCAAAAUGGUAGAGAAAGCGCGACCAUCUUCCGCUCAAAUACCAGUAAACAACACCCAACAGCUGCAACAGGAAGACGCUUCCAUCUGUGGCAGCGGAAAGACAUCAAGUCUUGGCGCAUCAACAGUCAACUUUGACAAAGUUCACUCUCGCUAUGAAAAACUCAAAAAACUUGACUAA